GCAAUGAUCCCAGCGCCGAGCUGUGCAGUACACACAGCGUAACGGUCGCGGCCAGGCGCCCACUUCACGUAUGUUUCGAUCGCGCGCGCCACACGCACACGAGACACCGCCGAACACGAACUUUCGCGCGCGAUCGACACGAUAUUAAUUUUAUCAUCGUUGUCGUGUCGAUAUCACAACGAGAACAACAACAACAAUAAUAAUAAUAAUAAUAAUAAUAAUAAUAACAAUAAUAACAGCAACAACAACAUCAACACGACAAUAAUUACCCGUUAGUAUUAAUUGGCGUCCACGUCGACCACCCCUACCCGCCGCUCAGUUCACCGGCGAUUUCGGCGAGGCGGUGGCGGUGACGACGACUACACGGCACCGUCAAACGAUACGAUAAAAUAUCAUUCAUAACGGUUGAAAUUGUCUUUUGCCGGCCGGUCGCUGUGGGGCGAACGCAACACAACCGGUCCAGCACGCGGCAAUGUGUGACGCGACAUCGCAGCAGGUACACGUGCGCCGGUGCGCGCGUGUUUCUUCCGGUCUGCGCGCCUGCACGACGUCCGUUUUCUAAAACCGUUCCACAUAAGUACGACGACAUUACAUUACCGUUAUUACUACGUUGCACGUGCGAUUGUAAUCGUCUCCGUACAGAGUAGUGUUGUAAUAAUAGUAAAGUAUUAUUCGCGGUCCGCGCGCACUUGCGGUGUUAUAUUGUUUUGUUACCGCGAUACCUUUACGGCGGUUAAGUGGAAAAAGUCUUCGCAGUCACCACGCAUAGUCCACGCAUCGCCGUCAUGCGGCGCGGGCCGUCCAACCACGUCCACCGCCGUCUACGCGCCGGUCGUGGCGCCGCCGCCGGCGAUACCGGCGUCCGUCGUUACGCCGGCCACAACCACGACGGUCGUUGUCCGUCCGUCGCUGCAGUAAUCGCACCACCACCACGUGUCGCCUGCCGAUUGCAGUCGUCCCGCGCCUAUUAGACGCUCACAAGAAAGAACACAAAGAAAUGAGUUCAUUAGUUGGCUGAAUAAAUUAGUGAAAAGAUAUCUCCGAAUCUAAACUUUGAUAUCAAAAUGUCUGAAAAAAGCUACAGGAUUCGGAUGAGGUGGACGGGCUGCGGUCGUACAGCAACUGUGGCUCAGUGAUUAACCGGACCACGAUGGACCUGGACGCUGACGAGGUAGAGAGAUGGCUGUGCGAAAAAGCGCCGCAAGAUCUGGUGGACCGCGUGAUCCGGGCACGGCUCCAGCACCGCACCGGGUCGUUGACGAUAAGCCGGGCGAAACGCGGUUCCAUGACGUCUGAGAUGUUCAACACUUGGCUCGCGUCGUCUCCAAUCAAACGUUCGAGGUCGCCAAACAGAGUAACGCGAAGCAGUGGCGAAUGGAGGCAUCAUUUGGGUUUAUUAGACGAAGGGGAGCUUUUUAUGGAGCUCAUUCGGGAUGUGUCGAACGAAUUAGAUAUCGACGUCCUAUGCCACAAGAUACUUGUCAACGUCGGUAUAUUAACCAGAGCCGACCGUGGCAGUCUAUUCCUAGUGAGAGGCAGACAUCUGGUGGCCAAACUGUUCGACGUAACCGUAGACACGGAAUUGAGCGAAGCCGUCCACAAGGCGAAAGAGGAAGAAAUCCAAAUACCGUUCGGAGUUGGGGUGGCGGGAACGGUGGCGGAAACAAAGCAAGUCGUCAACAUCAGAAACGCAUACCAGGACCCGCGGUUCAACCGGGAAAUCGAUCACAUGACGGGUUACACGACCAAUUUGAUAUUGUGCGUGCCGAUCUGCAACUACGACAACGACGUGAUCGGAGUGGCUCAGAUAAUCAACAAGACCGACGGCAGCCACUCGUUUACCGAACACGACGUCGAGAUAUUCCAGAGGUACCUGACGUUCUGCGCAAUCGGAAUACAAAAUGCUCAACUGUUCGAAAAGUCUAUACAGGAAUUCCAGAGAAAUCAAAUGUUACUCAGUUUGGCUAGAAGCAUAUUCGAAGAACAGAACAAUCUUGAUUGUCUAGUAUCGAAAAUCAUGACCCAGGCCAGAGAUCUGAUCAAAUGCGAACGUUGCGUCGUCUUCCUGCUGGACUUGGAAUGCGAAGAAGCUAGCCAUUUGGAACACUUUGGAGCCAAGCCAGGGAAUUAUUCGCUGGAAAAAAAAGCGUCUACCAAAAACAGCACGGACACGUUGGCCGAGGAGGUUCCUGUUACUCAAGAACAGCAAAAGGACGUCAAUUUCACCACGGUUUUUGAAUUGGGUUCUGAACUCGGGGUGAAGAAAAUCAAUAAAAACGUCAAGCCGUCCAAACUUCUUCAGAUAGCGCAAGAAGUGGCCAGCUCCACUCAGUUAUUGAACAUAGCGGACGUACAAGUUUGGGCCGCCUCGUUAAGCCGACAGCCGAGCAUGGAUAGCGAUGAUGGAUGCACGGAUCAAGUACCCAUCAAGUCCAUACUGUGCAUGCCGAUAUUAAAUGGCAAAAAAGACGUGAUCGGUGUGGCGCAAUUGAUAAAUAAGGAAACCGGCUUUCCGUUUACCGACUGUGACGUGGCGACGUUCGAAGCUUUUGCUAUAUUCUGCGGUCUGGGGAUUCAUAACACGCAGAUGUACGAGAGCGCAUGCAAAUUAAUGGCUAAACAAAAAGUCGCGCUCGAAUGUCUGUCGUACCACGCGACCGCGUCAGUUGACGAUACCAUAAAAUUAGCGCAAGACAAAAUUCCUUCUGCCGAGACUUACAACUUGUAUAGUUUUAAAUUCAUUGAUUUUGAUUUGUCAGACGACGAUACGUGUAAAGCAACCAUCCGUAUGUUCCUGCAGUGCAAUCUAGUGCAACAGUUUCAAAUUCCAUACCAUGUCCUUUGUAAAUGGGUGUUGAGUGUGAGGAAAAAUUACCGACCAGUAAAAUAUCACAACUGGAGACAUGCGUUAAACGUGGCACAGACUAUGUUUGCCAUGUUAAAAACCGGAAAAAUGGAAAGAUUCAUGAGCGAUUUGGAAAUUUUGGGACUGCUAGUGGCGUGUUUAUGUCACGAUCUCGAUCACCGGGGCACGAACAAUGCUUUUCAGACGAAGACCGAAUCACCGUUAGCAAUUCUUUAUACAACCAGUACAAUGGAACACCAUCACUUCGAUCAAUGCGUUAUGAUCCUAAACAGUGACGGCAACAACAUAUUCCAAGCUUUGUCACCGGAAGAUUAUCGUUGUGUUAUGAAGCUGGUAGAAAAUUCAAUUCUGUCGACAGAUUUGGCUAUGUAUUUCAAAAAGAAAAACAGAUUUAUGGAGGUCGUUGAAAAUGGUGAAUUCGAUUGGCAAAGCGAGGAGAAAAAAGCUCUGCUGUGUGGUAUUUUGAUGACUGCUUGCGACGUGAGUGCAAUCGCCAAGCCUUGGGAAGUUCAACACAAAAUGGCUAAGCUUGUGGCUGAUGAAUUUUUUGACCAAGGUGAUUUGGAAAAGUUACAACUUAAUCAACAACCGAUGGCUAUGAUGGAUAGAGAAAAAAAAGACGAACUCCCACAGAUGCAAGUUGAAUUCAUCGAUGUCAUUUGUUUGCCAUUGUACAAAGUUCUAUGUGACACUUUUCCAUGGAUUACGCCAUUGUACGAAGGUACACUAGAAAAUCGAAAACACUGGAAAGAUUUAGCAGAAAAAGUCGAAAUGGGCUUGACGUGGAUUGACCAUGAUAAAAUUGAGAUUCCCGUUGAAGAAUUUUUUACUCACAAAAGCACGAAAGACAUAGAGUUCACAGUAACUACACUGAAUACUACACAAAAUUCCACGAAGAAAAGCAAUACAAAAAACCUCGACCUCAACCUGGACACUUCCACAGCGUUCCACCGAAACGGCGCCAAGUUUUCCAGUUUCCGAAAAAAGCCCACGUCCAGCCGGUCGUUCCGGAACCGCGUUAGCAGGUCACUGUACAACAGCACGGCUAGCGGCAGCGUGCCAGCCUCCAUGACUUCCGACUCCGUGAAGCCGUCUGACUCUGCGACCUCCACCGAUCAGCAUAACAUGAUCAGUUCCGCGUCGCUUCCGGUGUUCACGUCACCGGCGUCCACACCGGGCUAUAGCAGCAAGCAUCCCGCCCACACGCCGUCGAUGUCAGCCACGCCCGUGAAAAACAAAAGCAAAUAUUGCCGAAUUCUGUGAUAAACGUCGUUUUUUUCGUACCUAUGUUGUGUUUUUAGUUUUUUUUCUCCCGUCCUAUAUGGCUGUAGCGUAGACUUGACGUGUAGUGUAGGAAUAUACCAUUACUUACUUUCAACGAUAUCCGGUCUAUGGAUGAGGGUUGGGAACUGAAACCUGGAACUGAAACCGGAACCCUUGUUCAAAUAGAUAUUAUAAUAAUAUUUUUUUAGUAAUUAAGGCAUUUAUCCAUGUUAAUGUUUUUUCGGGGAGGUUUUUUUUUAUUCGUGUACAUAUUAUUACACUGUGACGUUCAAAAUCUAUAGCUGAAACAGAAAUUUAUGAUUAAUUUUGACCAAUCCCGAUAUUUAUGUUCUUCUAAUAACCAAAUCAAAACCGACAUAACUGUAAACGAACCUGUUAACGAAUUUGAUAUUCUGAUAUUAUGACAAUACACGUUGUAUUAAAAAACAAAAUAUGUUUGAUAAAAACCGCGAGAUGAUCAAAUCAUAUAAUCGAUAUCUGAUCAAACUGUAAAUAUUACAUAAUAUAUCAACACAUAAACAUUGGUUAUGAUUUAUUAUAGUUAUGUUAUUGUAUAUGUAUUUGGAUUUUUUUCAUAAAAUAUCCGUUUUUGUAUCGGAAAAUCAGCUAACCUACCUAAAUUAAUUUAGUGGUGUUGAAAAAGAACGCGAAGGGGAGAUUUUGUUUGGACCAAUUCGUAUAAUUCUAUAUUUUUUUUUUCAUAAUUGUACAUUCUAUUUUAAAAGUGUUGAUAGGUAUAAAUAUUUUUGAAUGAAUAUGUUGUGACAAUAUUCUGUACAGCUAAUGACUGAUAAAUGAUAACGGUAUCACAUUUAACUGUCUUCAAAAUGUUCAAAUGUUAUUUUAAUAUAGGAAAUAUAAUAAUUUAAUUUUUUUUUAUAAAUUUGAAGUAUUGGGUGGUCGAUUGUACAGAGAGUUUGAGUAGUUUAUAUAAAUAUAUUGAAUUUUACUGCUAAAUUUUGGCAAACACUCAGAAUAAAAUUUAUGAUUGCAUCAUAAGAUGCAUAUAUUAGUACAUAUAUAUUGUAUGUACUUAACUAAAAUAACACUGCGUAUGCAUAAUAAUUGUAAUAUUUAAAAUAUAUUAUUUUUUUAAUAGUUUAGUCUUAACGAGAUCUUGUACCCAUCUUCCAUUCCUCACACUACACGCCAUGCCAUCUCCACCAACGUUUACGUAUUUUCCUCCUAUAAUUAAUGAUUAUUAUUGUUACACAGACCUUCGUUUUCGUUGUUGUCUAAAAAAUAUGGACUGUUUUAUAUAAGAGUAUAUAGUAAUAUAGUUAAAAAAAGUAUUCUAAAUUAUUAUUAUGAUAAUUAUUUAUUAUUAAUAAUAUAUCGGAAAUGUUUAGGUAAAAAAUAUUGUAAAAGAUAAUUUAUUUAAAGAAAUUGUGUUUAAAUCCGGUCAAUCAUCAAUAUAAUAUUGUUUAAAAUUCCAAUCGAUUUUUGUUAUUCCGAGUGGAACGAAUGAAAUUUGCUCGAACGAAACAAUUGCAUUUAGAAGAACAAUUAGCUUGAAUGGGCUACUAAAUCAAAAUAGUAACGAUGUUAACAUCAAAUGAUGUUUAAUAAUAUUAUCUGUUUUACCCUUUCACAAUAUUUAUAAUAGAGUGUAGAUCAGAAAGAAUAAUUAAUAAAUAAUGUAGCCAUAAUCAUUGUUAUAUUAAUUUUUUUAAAUUAUUUAAAUUAUAAGACAUGAGACAUGAUUUUUUUUUUUUGUCACAGAAUUUGAAAAUAAAUCUAUUAAUAAUAAGUCAAUACUAAAAAUGAAUAGAUUUUUAUAUACCUAAAAAUUUUCAAAUUAAUUAAAUAAUAUUGCAUGGAAAAUUUCAAACACAAAAUAUAUUCAGUGGAACAAUUUUUACAAAAACAAUAUUUCAAUUCUUGAUUCUAUUCUAUCAUAUUAUAUUCAUUAAUAAUAAUUAAUAAUUACCUCAAAUCUAUUUUGUAAAUAAUUUUCUUUUGAUUGUUAAUUUUUAAUUUUUUUAAUUUUUAAUAAAUAAUAAUAUAAGAAUAUAUAAAUUAUAAUAUUUCCAAUCAACAAAAGUUGUUUAUUGUAAAAAACAACAUAAGAGUGGUAAUGGAACGUACAUUUUCGCAAUACCGUUCGUAAAAUUUAUGACCCAGUAUGUAUGGUUAGGGUAAAUUAUGGUAUGGAAUCAAAUGUUUUCCAUAAAAUGGAUAUUUUAGUAUAAAAAAAAAUUAGUUAUUUAUAUAAAUUAUUUUACAUAAAUUGGGCAUUAUCUAUAUAAUAUAUGUAAUAACUAAUAUUAUAUAUCACAAUGGUAAUUUAUUGUUUGAAAAAUAUUCAUUUUCAAUCGUUGUUGGCAUCAUUGCAUCAAUGAUAUUUCCAUUAAUUUCAAGGCCUAGUAUUCCAAAAUCAUAAUAAUAAUCACAAUAUGUCUAAAUAUUACUUAAUUGCAAUAAUCUAGUUAUUAUUAUUAUUAUUAUUAUUAUUAUGUUAGGCCCUAAGUUAAGUAUAUAAUAUUUUAAUAAUAAUAAUAAUGAUAAUACAAAUAAUAAGUUGAAUAAUGUGAUAUUAAUUAGUUUUGACUAUGUAGCUUUAGCAUUUUAAUACUUCCUUGUUGUAUUGUAUAUAUUAUUUAUUAAUGUCUUAUUAUUAAAUAAAAUUGUUAUUAUUUAUUACUA